UGUAGCUUGCUGCAGUCAGAUCAGUUUCUGGUAUUCGUCCGUCCUUCCAGCGUUCAAUUUUAAAUAUAUCUAACACCUUUUAGAAACAUAAAUAUGUCGGCCGAAAAUCAGCUCUGGUGCCUAGUUUACUACAAAGAAGCCAAGUCUGGACGAAAAUAUGAAAUUGUUAACCAUGACAGAUUGGUGCAGAUUGGAAAACAUGAAAAUAUUAAACAAGGAAAUGAAGUAAAAGUAACUUGUGGAUCAGCACAUAUGAUGGCUACAAUAAUAAAUGUCGCUGAUAGCUAUGAAACACUCUACAAGGAAUUUAAGACACUUUUAAAUAUAUAUGAUCAAGUGCAGGAAUCUGAAAUAAAUGCAAAAUAUAUUAAAGAGAAUGCUGACCUAGAGCGUUCUAUAGAAGAGAUAACAGCGGAAAAUGAUUUGUAUAAGCAAAUAGUCGAUUCAAUGAUUCAAUGAUUCAGAUGAUCAUAAUGUUGUUGAUGAUGAUGAUUAUGAUGAUGAUGAUAUUGAGGAUAUUGAGGCAAAUAAGUAUUUCUCUAUAUAUAUAUUUGAAUUA